AUGCUGUGCGGCGCCGUGUGGUCCGCCGCGCCGGUGAGCCUGCGCGGGCUGGCGCCGCCGCUGCCGCCGAGCCCCGCCCUGCUGGCCGCGCUCGUCAUGCAAGCACUGCAGGACCGCAUCGACGAUGAAGCCAGUUUCCUAGAGAAUGGUCUUCUCUCCUACGAGAAUCCCAACUAUCACAUGGACCCAUCGCGCCUCGAGUCCGCCAUUUAUAGUGACCUUUACGAUAUGCGUGACGACAAAAGCAUGUCGGACGUAUAUGACAACUACCUCGACAAUAGAAGAGUUGAAGACGAAGCAGCCUCCCCUGUUACGAAAGUAAACGACAAAAACGGCCUCAUCACGCCUCCCCAACAGAAUGGCGGGGAGGAUUCGCCCCCUCCUGAAAAGGAGAGGGCGGACCAAGAGGACACUGAGAAGAGCCACGCGGGUCCAGUGCCGCAUUCCGCAGAGGGCCCCAAUGACGACCUCUAUGCUAUUCCAGUCAAACUGAGGCCCAAGAAGGAACCGCAGCUGCCGCCUGGAUGGGAGAAGCACGAGGACAAUGACGGUCCUUACUACUGGCACAUAAAGAGCGGCACGAUCCAGCGUGAGAUGCCCAAGAUGCCGCCCGUUGAGGCCAAGGAGACCCGCAUCUCUAUGGUGCGGGACUGCUCCAAUCUAUCCGACGUUAAAUACGACAUGGCCACAUCCGUCGUCCGGAGCACUACCAGCGGCGCGCUGGAUCACGUCGACAUGGAGGAGAGGAAGAGAAAGGAGGAGAUCUCUUACAAACGACGCAGCUUCCCAGCGCGCGGCGAGAUAGACAACGGGCGCUCGGUUCGUUUCUUCGUUCGUUCCCUGGGCUGGGUGGAGAUUGGCGAGGCCGAACUGACGCCGGAGCGCUCCAGUCGUGCGGUCAACAAGUGCAUCGUGGACCUCAGCUUAGGCCGCAACGAUCUGCUCGACCAGGUCGGCAGAUGGGGAGACGGCAAAGAUCUAUUCAUGGACUUGGACGACGGGGCACUGAAGUUAAUUGACCCUGAGAGUCUUAACACACUACAUACGCAGCCCAUACACACGAUACGCGUGUGGGGAGUUGGCAGAGACAACGGACGGGACUUCGCGUACGUGGCGCGGGAUCGCGCGACACGGCGCCACAUGUGCCACGUGUUCCGCUGCGAGGCGCCUGCGCGCGCCAUCGCGAACGCGCUGCGCGAUAUCUGCAAGCGCAUCAUGAUCGAGCGCUCGCUGCAGCCUCCACCGAGACCCACCGACCUGCCUGCAGCAAGACGCCCCAGACCGCUCUCUGGCGCGUCGUUCCCCACGCCGAUGGAGGAGCCGCGCAAGACGGUGCGCGCGCGCUACCUGGGCAGCGCGGAGGUGGCGCGCGCCACCGGCAUGGACGUGCUCAACGACGCGCUCGAGCGCCUCGCCGCCGCGCGCGCGCCCAGCGCCUGGCGGCCCGUCGCCGUCGCCGUCGCGCCCUCCAUGAUCACCAUCACCGAAGAGGGGGAGACGAGCCCGAUCGUGGAGUGCCGCGUGCGCUACCUGUCAUUCCUGGGCAUCGGGCGCGACGUGCGGCGCUGCGCGUUCAUCGUGCACACGGCGCAGGAGCAGUUCGUGGCGCACGCCUUCCACGCCGAGCCCUCCUCCGGCGCGCUCUGCAAGACCAUCGAGGCCGCCUGCAAGCUGCGCUACCAGAAAUGCUUGGAUGCGCACGGCGGGAUGGCGAGCAGCGGGGCGGUCAGCGGCGCGGGCGGCGGGGCAAACGGCGGGGCGGCGGGCGGCGAGGCGCGCGCAUCGCUCGGCCAGGCGCUCAAGUCGCUCGUCGGCUCGAUCACCGGCCGCCGCGCCUCCUGA